AGCGACGGCGGCGGCCACCAGACGGCCGCCGGGACGGCGCCGGCGAGCAUGGCCAGGGGGGCGGCCGAGGUGUUGUGGGUCCGGCGGCCGGCGCCGGAGUCGGCGGCCAGCUCCGCCGGCGUCGGCCGCGGCCUGCUGCACAAGUUCCUGACGUCGCGCGGCCAGCUCUGCCAGCUGAGCUCAGGCCGCCGCCUGUCGCCGCCGCAGCGGCGCCUCGAGACGCGCUGGUCGGUGGACGGGCCGCCGCCGGCGCCGCAGCACCAGCAGGUGGAGAGACGCAGCUCGGGGCCGGCCGUCAACAGGCGCAUCCUCUCCGCUGAGGAGAAGAUUCAGCUCGAGCUGAAGAGCAUGAAGGAGCGGGAGGACGAACUGCGACGCGAGCGGAGCUGGGCGCUGGCCCGCUCCCAGCCGGACCUGCUGGCCGCUCUGGAGGAGCCGGCGCGGCCGGAGGAGCCGGCCGAGCCGCCACCGCCGCCGGCCGGCCCCCUCAGCCGCACCCGCUCCAACCCCAGCCUGCUGGACGAGGACGAGCAGAUAUCUGGAAAGCACUCCGAUGGGAAGAUCCGAAAAGCUCUGAUUAACCAAUGGGAAAGUCGGACACAGGGGACAGAAAUUUGAGCACCCGGCGCCAGCUGUUGCCGUCGUCUGGAUCGGGGACGACUGGCAGCGCUGCGCCCCGCGCCGCGCCGGUGGCGACGAGCUGACCCUGCCGCUCCGGCCACGCCGCACCCUCCCACCGAGGCCGGCACCAGGCCGGAGCCGCAGCCGCAGCCGGAGCCGGUUCCGAGGCGACGCGACAACUGUGUACCCCCCCCCCCCCCCCUCCAGCGGGGCGGUGAUCGGAGACUAUCGGCGGCGUGGCGUCUAGAAACCACCGCCAGCCCAAGAUUAGAAGUGCGCUUGCUGUGCUGACCGCCAGUGCCGGCUGGUUUUGUGCGUGGUGGCGUGCUUUCGGCGUGGGUGACGGGCCCGGAUGGAUUCGCGGCGCCCCAGUCGCCGACUGCCGCGAGCGAUGCGCCCGACUGGUCAGACAGUGCUGUGUCGUGUUUAGUGCAUCGACCGUGAAAUACGACGCCCUAAACUGC